CAACGUGGACCUCGUGCGUGGAGUGUCCGCUUGCAUUCGCCAGCCCUGCUGGAGUAGGAGGGGACUGUGCGCACGCGCACUUCCGCUCAACCGAGAGCAGCGAACCCCGUGCCGACAUUUCAGACGAACGAAGAGCGAGCGCUCAGGAAAGUUUCUCACAUUCCCGUGAUCACGGACACACGCGGACACACGGACAGACAGACACAGAGACGCGGGAAAGACAGCGUGGUCUUCACCAACAAGCGGCAUUCAGAGAUUCUCGGCAAGAAGAGAAGAGAAGAGAAAAUAAGAGAGAGGAGCUGUCCUGACCGCGAGACCCAGUUAAACACUCCAGUCCGUGGUCCAUUCCAGUGUGCCCAGCUCUCAGCUCCUGACUCCACCACCUCCUCUGUGUGUGUGUGUGUGUGAGACCUCCCCAGUGUGUGUUAGUGAGUGUGUGUCUGCUCCCUCCUCCUCCUCCUCCUCCUCCUCCUCCUCGUCCUCCUCUUCCUCCUCCUCCUCGUCGCUGCGAUGCCGGUGGCUCCGGGCGGGCCUGUGGGCUAUACGCCCCCCGAGGGCGGCUGGGGGUGGGCGGUGGUGGCCGGGGCCUUCAUCUCCAUCGGGUUCUCCUACGCUUUCGCCAAGUCCAUCACCGUCUUCUUCAAGGAGAUCGAGGUCAUCUUCAACGCCACCAGUAGCCAAGUCUCAUGGAUCUCAUCCAUCAUGCUGGCCUGCAUGUACGGAGGAGGGCCAAUUAGCUCUAUCCUGGUGAACAAGUUUGGCAGUCGGCCCGUGAUGAUCUGUGGGGGCAUCAUGUCGGGGUGCGGCCUGGUGGCAGCCUCCUUCGUAAACAGCGUGGAGGCACUUUACUUCUGUGUGGGCGUCAUCGGAGGUCUGGGCUUGUCGUUCAACCUUAACCCCGCCCUCACCAUGAUUGGCAAGUACUUCUACAAGCGUCGUCCAAUCGCCAACGGGAUCGCCAUGGCCGGUAGCCCGGUCUUCCUGUCCACGCUCUCGCCACUCAACACCUGGCUCUUCGACCAGUUCGGCUGGAGGGGCAGUUUCCUGAUCCUGGGGGGGCUGCUCCUCAACUGCUGUGUCGCCGGAUCCCUGAUGAGGCCCAUCGGACCCCCCCCAGCACCCAAGGCGGAGCCCAAGUUGGAGCUGACGGAGGAUGGGACUCCAAGGAAACAGAAGCGUUCCUGCAUGGAGGUGGUCAACAGCUUCCUGGACCUCACGCUGUUUAAGCAUCGCGGGUUCCUGCUGUACCUCAUGGGAAAUGUAGUCAUGUUCUUCGGCCUCUUCUCGCCACUCAUCUUCCUCAGCAACUAUGGCAAGGACUCUGGUAUCUCCAAGGAGAAGGCCUCUCUGCUGCUCUCUGUGCUGGCCUUUACUGACAUGUUCGCACGACCUGCUAUGGGGCUGGUAGCCAACACCAAGUGGAUAAGGCCGCGUAUCCAGUAUUUCUUCGCGGUGUCGGUGGCCUACAACGGCGUGUGCCAUAUCCUGGCCCCGAUGAGCACCGACUUCGUGGGCUUCGCCAUCUACGCCGGCUUCUUCGGAAUCGCGUUCGGCUGGCUGAGUUCCGUCCUGUUCGAGACGCUCAUGGACCUGGUCGGGACGCAGAGGUUCUCCAGCGCCGUCGGACUCGUGACCAUCGUGGAGUGCGGACCGGUACUGCUGGGACCCCCACUACUGGGUAAGCUAAAGGACAUAUAUGGUACCUACCAGUACACCUACCAGGCGUGCUUAUCGUGUGUGUGUGUGUGUGUGUGUGUGUGUGUGUGUGUGUGUGUGUGUGUGUGUGUGUGUGUGUGUGUGUGUGUGUGUGUGUGUGUGUGUGUGUGUGUGUGUGUGUCUAGGUAAGCUAAAGGAUAUUUA